AUGCCACCUUCAACAAAGCCCACAACCAGACCGACCAUCGUCGCAAAGGCACCUCGCGUGAAACCGUCAUCCCCCACCGUCAUCCAGCUGCUGCACACGCGCCCAUGGCUCACACGCGCGCAAUCUCUUUCCGAACAAGACCUCUUCAUCCUGCACAGCCGCGACAACCUCGUAUCUGGGGCCACGGGACCAAAAGACUGGCCGGCUGUAGCCGCCGAAUACAACGAGCGGUUCACAAACGAACUCAAGAAGCCGCUCGCGUGGAAGACACUGAGCAAGCGGUGUGGUCUGGCGCGCAAGAUCUUCCAGGCCGAGAAUGAGGAGUAUGCGGGUGUAGUGGUGUAUCCGGUGCCGCUGCUUGAGAGUGACGAUAGGGAUGGGGAUGCGGAUGUGGUGAGUGGCGAGGAAGAAGAAUAUGAAGAAGGUGGAGACGAAGAUGGAGAGGGAGAUGAAGGCGAAGAAGAGCAGAUGCAAGAUGUGAUUGAAACUGCUACCGACGCACCGCCUCCCACAGAGCAAGCAACACAGCGUUCUUCUCACACUCCAAUCCCCAGCACAACAGCUCCUCUCACACUGCCCGCAGCCAGUACGACACCCAAACACCUGACCCCAGGCUUCCACGACCCAUCCUCCACACCCCCCUCCACCAUCCCCGCGCUAACCCGCGCGAAAUUCCACCUCCGCCACCGCACCCACUCGCCCGUCUACUUCGAGUUUCUCUCCGCCGACGAGCAAGCCCUCGUGACGUACGAUGCGCACUACAUGGACGCGCAAAUCCUAGCAGCCAACUCGGCACUGUACGCGCGCGCCCUGCAGCACGACCCCAACACCAGCGUCAUCGACGUGCCAGUCCCGUUUUCCGUGCGCACCGUAAAUAUCCUGAUCCAGCUGCUUGCGCCCGUGCGCGCGACAGAGUUACCCUCGCAUUACCUGUGGAAGGCGGAGAAGCCUGAACCGGGGGUGUACGAUCGCUUUGGCGGGAUUGAAGUCGAGGAGAUUGCGUGGACGAUAGAUGUCCUGCUUGAUUUGAUGUUCUUCGCACGGGUCCUGGAGGUCUUCUGGGUGGUGGAUAUGGUGGUUGAUCGGGUGCAUUUUCUGUUUACCGAGCAGAGCAAGUGUAGGGAUGCCGUGGAGCUGAUGAUAGAUGUGGGCGGGCGCCUGCGGAUGCCGGUUGCGGAUACGCGGUUGGCGCGCGUCACGGCUGAAGACUUGGAGGAAGACGUGCUGGAGAUGUUGGCAAAGGCGCCGGUAGAUUUCCCGACGCUGAGAUUCGUGGUUGAUCUGCUGGCCGCGCUUGGUGGCAGUGUGGAUGCAGAGUGGCUUGGUGGAGCACCCAAACAUGUCAAGGACGUGUUUGCUCAUGCAGACGACAAGCUUCUUGUCAACGGGCCGCGAGAAGCGUUCUGCGAGCGGUACCAUCAUCAUCCGUCGGAGACAUGCUACACGCUGCAUGCGCGCCCUCCAACACCGGAAAUCAUCAACGCGCUGUAUGCCACGGCUACGCCCCAGGAGCUCGUCGAUCUCUCGGAUGGCGUCUUGUCGGCGAACAGCCUGCGCCUCUGUGCCGGCGAUGUGGACAAGUGGAAAGAAGCCAACUCGGCUCCUGAAAUGCUGGAGGCGGAGAAAAUGCUCAUGGAGAUGGAAACCCGGAUUGAAGAAACGAAAGCUGCGUUGCGGUGGGCACGCGAGGCACCAGAGGUGGAGAAGCGAGAAGCUAUUGCAGAGGCGAGGAAACUGGCUCAGGACAUGUACAGUCCCAGCCAGCUCUAA